AAUAUAUUUAACAAUAAACAAAAUUAUUGAAUACAGACCCAACUAACAAAUGGCUUAGAGGGACCAGCAUUUUAUACAAGCUUACAAAUAAAUAAAAAUAGGUCUAUUAUGGCCAUUUUUUAUUUCUAAAAUCGCAUCAUUUUCAUGAAAAUAUAUAUAUUUAGUUUUGAGUAUCUUAUCGAACGUUGUCGCCUUCGAAUACAAUGAAAAUAAAAAUCUUAUCCAAGCGUUUGUAUCGUCAGGGUCUUUUAAGAAUUUAAAAUUUAUGGUUGACACCAUGCCCAAAGUAUAACGUAAAAAAAAAAAAAAGAAAACACUGGUUUCACGUUACACAGCAUCGACAGUGAGAUCAUACUUCUCAUUAGCGGACGUGCUUUUGAAUAGUUUAGAUAACAUUCAGUUCAACGGGAACCAUUUAUGUUAAGUCUUGAAAAUAAUUUAUUUUAUAAGUGUGGUGGAUAAUUUAAUAUAAAUGACAUUUUUUAAAUAAAUGAAUUAAGUAAAUGUAUAUAAUAAUCUAAGUUAUAAACAAGAAAAUUAAUAUAUUAACUCUACGACAUAAAUAUGGAUAAAGUAAUUAAAAAAGGAAUUAAUACAUUUGUAUUUACGACAUGUUUUAAAUUGUUAAAUCAAAAAGAAUGGAAAAAAUCAAAUGCCUUCAAAAUAGAAAAUGUUUCUGAUAUAGAUUUUAAUAUUUCGGUUAAAUUGGAUAACAGUGAAAAAUAUAUUAUUGCCGCAGUAUCAAAAAGUGGUGAUGACAGCAGGCAGGCAGUUUCGAUUAUUAAAUUAACUACAGUUAAUGGGACGGUAUCAACUCAGCGUAUAUUUGAUUGGAAAACACAUGUAGUUUUCAAUGAAAUCUUACUGCCCGUUAGUUUUGAUGCAUGUGGCGAUGACAGAACUGAAAGCUUUAAUAUUCGCUCGUGCUUAAUCGGCAAGAACUGGCACUAUUAUCAUGUCACAAUAGUUUGUUCAAUAACCUGGCACGGAUUCGUUGAUGAUUUGUAUUUUCCAGAUAUGUGUAAACAUAUGAAAAAUAAUUAUAAAAACACUGAAUUCAGUGAUAUGGUAAUUAAAGUUAAAGACACUGAAUUUCCUGCUCACAAAAAUAUAAUUGCUAACCAGAGUCCAGUGUUUUAUAAGAUGCUCACCACUAAAAUGAAAGAAUCUAUAGAAAAUUCAAUUACCUUUGAGGAUAUUGACAUUGAUAUCAUGGAAGAAUUACUUUUAUUUUUUUACCAGGGUAAAUUAGACAAAGCUGAAGUUGAUGAUAAAGUUGCAUUGAAAUUAUUUGAAUUUGCAGAAAUGUACCAAAUUGAUAAAUUGAAAAGUACUUGUGAAUUUAUAGUGAUUAAAAAUUUAACAAUGUAUUUAAUGUUUAUGAAGCAGGCAAAAAUAACAAUUCAGUGAUAUUGCAACAACAUGCGAUAGCAUUUAUUGGAAUAAAUGCCGAGGCCUUAAUUUGGGAAGCAAAAUAAUUGCUCGCAAAAAGAUAAGAGAUGAAUGCGCAUCGACCAGGGUUCGAAACUUGCCGAGGGCAAAAAUAAUUUUUCACGAGUUCCUUUUUUUUUUAUCAAUAUAAUUAAGAUAUUUCUAUAUAUGAAACUCAAAUUUAUAUCUAUAUCAUAUAUAUAUAUUACUAUUACUAUAUAAAUUUGUUUACUUAAUAAGUUUUUGAUAAAAUAAAUUUUCUAUCGCAAAUAUUGUUUAUUUUUUCAUAAAAAAAUUUUAGUUUUAAAAAAAAUGAUAGUAAAUUUUUUAAAAUAAUUGUCGAAUUAUUUAAACAAAAUUACGAUCUUUAAAUUUUAUUUCACGCCCUUAUUUAUUUAUUUAGAAGAAUUACUGCGGACUUUUUCUACAGAUUUUGCCGUAAGGAAUUCGCUGAAGGGUUUUUGUAGGGUGAGUUGCUUAAGACAAUGCUACUAAAGACAUAAUACUAUAAUUUACUAAAUUUAACCU